CAGCGGGGGGAAGCGGUGGGGCCCGGCCCGGAAGAGGAGGGCUUUGCACGGCGGUUCCACGGCGGCUGGCGGUGCAGGUUUUCAGAAUGACUUCCCUGGUUGACGUGCCCAUGAAUUAUGAAAAGAUGUUUGCUCAUCGAUUCACAUCAGAUGAUGAAGAAUACCAAGAGUAUCUGAAACGCCCUGCAGAUCCCCCUCCUAUAGUGGAAGAAUGGAGAAACAGAUCUGGUGGCAACCAGAGAAACAGAGAUCGGUUUCAAGAUAGUAGAUACUUUAGAGGAGAUAGAUACAACUGGCAAGGUGACUACAGAUCUAAUCAGAGGUCGGAAAGAAACUGGGGUAAUAACUACCAGCAGCACAGACAAGGGCAAUCAUAUUCCUCCCACUAUGGACAAUAUGGCUACAACUCCUACAACCCAGGGUCUCGUUACCCUUCCUACUGAUGAUAUAUUUUGCUUUGAAAAUCCAGUAAUGCUAUGUAACAAAUUAAGUUAGACAGUUUUUUUUUUCCCACAAUUUUAUAGAUCACUCAAGAUUUAGUAUUACAGUCCAUCACUGUUUAUCUGUAGGGUGAAUUGAAAAAGAGAAUACCUUUUGUGAGUAAAAAAGCGUAUUAUACAGAGUUUGGUUAGAAUCUGUAGAUCUUAGAUUUAUUUUCUAUCUCAUUCUUUCGUCUGAAUACACACUAGUGCACUUCUUUUCUUCCAUCAUUGAGAUUUCUCUCUGUUUCAUUUUAGAAAACACAACAGGCCAGGGGAAAAUAGCUGUGGUUUGCGUGCAGCCUGUAGCAAUGGCACAUUGCCUUAAGAUAAUUCUUUUUUAAAAGUGACAGUCUGUGUCUUUGUCUGGAGAGAAUUUCUUAGUUUGGCUUUUUAUAGUGAGAAAAGCUCAGUUUGGUUUGAAUUUCACAUGCCUUAAAACUGAGAAGAGAGGUGCUAUUAUAGAAAUACUUCAUGGGGUCAGUGUAGUGUCCUUUGACUCAAUGGUUUGGAUUUAUUUGCAGAUUUCCUUUUAAAACAUGGUCUAAAAGUUGGAAUAAAAAUUAAGUAGCUUAAAAUAUGUAUCUUCUGAUUGUAGUAGGUCAGUGAUGUACAAGUUUUACUUGAGAAGUGAUAUCACACUUAGAUUAAUUUGUAUGGUCUUAAAUUUGGUAUGUGCAUAACAAACGUUGGAAUUCCUAUUUCAGUAAACCUGUAAAGUUUUGAUGAUAAUUGUGAUUACUUUAUGUGAAACACUGCAUGUUAUAGAAGGAACUGUAAUUGGUACUGUUCUGUACUUCUUUUGCAUGUGAAAAAUAGCAGUGCAGAAUGUUCUGCAGUUCUUAGAAUUUAACUUUUAUGUGUUUCUUUUUAAGUAUCACUCAAUAAAGGUAUAGUUCACAUGUGA